GAUAUAUUCACGUUAAAUAAGUUCAGCACAAUCAUUCACAAAUGUGAUAGAUCAAUCAAGAAAGUUUGCAAAGAAAAUGAGUGGUGGUGAUGAGUGGAUUUUGAUAGAUUUUUGGUCAAGCAUGUUUGGAUCAAGGGUUAGGAUUGCACUUGCGGAGAAGGGGAUUGUUUAUGAGAGAAGGGAAGAAGAUUUUCCGAAAAAAAGCCGGCUUUUGUUGGAGAUGAAUCCGACUUACCACAAAAUCCCGGUUUUGAUUCACAACGGCAAGCCUAUUUGCGAGUCUUGGAACAUCGUGCAGUAUAUCGAUGAAGUCUGUUGUUUCGCGCCGUUUCUCCUUCCAUGUGAUCCUUAUGAGAGAGCUCAGGCAAGGUUUUGGGCUCAUUUCAUCGACCACAAGCUACACACCACGAGUAUAAAGACGAUGUCGUACAAGACGAAGGAAGAGUUGGAGGCUGCCGAGAAGGAGAUGGUCGAGCACCUGAAAUUACUCCAAGAUGAGCUUGGUGAGAAGGCUUAUUUUGGAGGGGAGGAAGUGGGAUAUCUGGAUGUGAUUUUAGGUGGAUUUUGCACCUGGUUUUCUAUAUAUCAAGACUUGGGAAGCUUCAGCAUCCUUGAUGAGCUCCCUAAGCUCAUGGCAUGGGCUCACCGAUGCAUGGAGAGACGAACCUUCUCUGAAUCUCUCCCCGACCCUGACCGGCUUCGUGAUCUCGUGCAUGACAUCAGAAGACGCAAGGGCAUAGAAUGAAUUCAUGGAUCAAUCUGUGUUGGUGCAGUGUUGUUGGUGAUGUAGAAUAAAAAACUAAAUACUAGUUGCUUAGGGUUUAUCUUUUUUGUGUGGGAAAAUGGAGAUGAAUCUGAACCAUUCAAUCCAAGCUUACAAGGUUGGUGUUAUGAUCA